CCAGGUAUUUUUUGGCAUUCUUGUCAAUUGCGCUUUGCUUUUUGCAUUUUCGGUUUAUUCAGAUUGUUUAUUAAUAAUUUCUUUAAUUCACUUGUAAAUACCAUUUCUGUUCUGUCGGUCAACACUUCUGUUAAUUCGACUGCAAUGGCGAAUCGAAGACCGCAGAACAACGGGCGUCGUAUGGAUUUCGGGCGUAAUGAUAGGCCUAAGAACUUCGGGCGUAGCGGCGUGUCGCCGUGGCAGGGCACCGGGCCGGGCGGUGGCAUCCCGAAUCUAUUGCCUUUAGCCGGCGGUUCUACGGAAGCUACUUUAGCUUUAGCCAGUAACAUCAUCAACCUCCUGCAGCCGCGUCAGAAUCCAGUGCCGUCGCUCCUAGAUAUGCCUAUUCGACGGGACUUCGGUCCUAACAUGGGUCGGUAUGAUCGCGGUUAUGGACCCCACAGGAUGGGCAAUCAGGGUAAUUUCCGGCGUACGGGAAAUUAUAAUCGGGCUGGUGAGCGUAUCAACAUGAAUCGUAAGCCGUUCAGGCCCAAUGACGGGCAAAGGCAUCAAAACAAGAGCUCCCCGAAAAAGGAUGCCGAUUCAAAGGCUAAGCCUGUUAAGGAGAGUGAUCAAGAACAAGAAGAUAAGGAAGAAACUGGGGAGAGAUCGGAUGCAAAUGAUCAGAGAGAAGCUCCGAAGACCAGAUAUGAUGAUUUAAACCCGCAACUGCUGAAAUGCCACAUCUGUAAUAAGAGUAUGUGGGAUGGAAGGUCGUUUGAGAACCAUCUGAGUGGUAGAGCUCAUGCUAUCAUGAUGCAGAAGAUGUCGGAGAGCUAUGCUCUUACCGCUGACACUAUGCGGCAGGAAAUUAAGAUCCGUGAAAUGAAACGCACCAGGAAAUCUGGACAACAACCCCCUCGUGACUUCUACUGUGCGAUGUGCGAUAUGUACGCAGCGGAUGGUGCUAUACACAGAACUACAGUGGGACAUCGUAAACUGAAGAAAUAUUUACAUCCGACAUGCACACAGUGUCAUAAGGAGAUGCCGACAAGGAUUGAAUUAGAUGAACAUAGAUUGACAGCCGAGCAUUUAAGGAAUAUGCAGGAUAAGCAAGAAGUGGUGACGAAGCCGAAACCUGAAGUAAUGGUGAUAUCCACAAUGUCUAUGGAGCAAUCCUAUCUCCGGGAGGACCGCGAACGUUGGCGUCGUCCGGACCGCUACGACAGAUACAAGGAACAGGAGGUUAAAGAAGAGAAGAUUGAUGAACAGGGUGAUAUUGAUUUGAAGAAUGCUGAAGAGAAUGUAGAGAAGGAUUCAGAGAAGACAGAGCAGAGUGAGAAGGUAGAGGAAGUGGAAAUAAAGAAGGAGAAAUCUGUGGACAAUGAUAAAACAAUACUUGAUUAUAAGCAGGGAGAUGAUCUAUCUAAAAUAACACACGAUAUGAUACCAGUAUACAGCACGGAGCGCGGCGUGGGGCGCUCCUUCCUGUCGGAGUUCAAGUGUGUGCAGUGCAGCUUGUGCCGCAAACUGCUGGACAGCGGGGAGACGGCCGAGGUGCAUCUCAAGACCUGGAGACACCACCAGCUCUUCAUCAGGCUCCUCUCCAAGUCCAGCCAACAGCUUCAAGAAGGCAAACGUCAGAUGAACGUGGAAGAGUCAGGGAACUGGAAGCGUCGCAAGACGUCGCGUGACGACGACACGGAGGACGAGCACGAUAUCGAACACGAGGAAGGGGACGGGAUACAGGAGGAAGUCAAUGGAGAUAAACCAGCUAACGAAGAUGUGUCAGUUGAGACGGAAAAGCAAGAAGACUCUAAGAUAGAAGAAGAGGAAGGUAUCCAUGCUGCGGACGAAGAUCUUGAGGAUUGGGAGCAAUCUGUCGAUGAGAUACUGAACGAUGAGAAGAAUACUGCGGAAAAAGCGACUGAUGAUAAAAAAGAAGAUGAUGAAGUUAUAUUACUUGAUGAAGAUCCAGAAAAAACUUCGCAGGAAAACGUCAGUACAAAACCAACUCCGAGACGCAGCAGACGUCGUCAAUGAUUGCGAUAUUAACAUAUAAAA